CAGCAGCAGCGGCAGCGGCAUCAACGUGGUGUGUCGUGGCCGCGGCGGGGACAGCCCACCACGUUACACAUUACACAGCAGGGCUGUUGCAGGAUGGCCGCCGCACUACAUAUAUAAACGGUGCCUGGUGCUUCCCGCCCACACUCUUCUCCCACCCGCGGCCCCUCGAGCACUGCUGUCUCGCAGCCACCGCCGCCCGCCGCUCGCUGGGCCUCCAUCACUAUUUUGUCAGUGUGGGAAUACGGCAACGUUUCUGAUCCUCGGUUUCAACGUGGCAUUUAUUCGGUGUCAUUUUACGACGAUUCUCUUAUAACGAUAAGGGUUUCUUCCCGAAGGUCAUCUACACUUGGCCUUAAGGUGUUGUGCUGGUGGCUGUAUCACGACAUAGUGAGUUAAACGACGACCAUGUUGGCAAGGGAAGGCGCCACGUGACAGGCCGGAUAGAGCAGUGAUUGUCAAGGUCAUCCCUUUGAUAGCCUCACACCUGCAGUGACGGCUGUUGUGAUAACACUGAAACUAGAGUGUAGUGUGAUCCUCAAGGCUGACCUGGGACAGGCAGCCCCCGACCUACGAGGAGAGGUGACUUUACUCAUCAUGGACGUGGUCCGUUGAUACGCUCACGUCCCAAGGCUCGCAGGGUUCACCACGCUACCUUCCUUCACGCUAAGGCGUGCAGGCGGCCAUGUACGGAUUACUCAUCGAAAACUUCAGUGAAUUUAUCAAGAACGAUUAUGGCGAGGAGAAGUGGGAGGAGAUACGUCGCGAGGCUGGUAUCGAGCACAUUGACUUCAGCACGCACAAAAUCUACAGUGAAAGCCUCCUGCCGAAGCUGUCCAGGGCCGCCGUCACCGUUCUCGGGAUCCCUAACGACGAGAUUAUGUUCGCUAUGGGGAGCUUCUUCGUGGAGUUCGUGGGUCAGUACGGCUACGACAGGGUCCUCUCCGUGCUGGGCCGCCACGUGAGGGACUUCCUGAACGGGCUGGACAACCUACACGAGUAUCUUAAGUUCUCCUACCCCCGCAUGAGGCCGCCGUCCUUCUUUUGCGAGAGUGAGUCGAGUGAGGGCAUGCUGCUACACUACAGGUCCAAGAGGCGAGGGUACGCACACUACACCAUGGGGCAGAUCAAGCAGGUGGCGAGUCACUUCUACAACACAGACAUGAAGGUGGAACUGAUGCGGGAGGAGUUUAUAUUCGACACCACACACGUCACUUUCCAGCUCACCUUCGAUAACCGAGCGUACGCCAACCAGGUCAACCUCACGCUGAUCCGGGAGGAGAGGUCACUACCGCUCAGAGGCAACAUUCUCUUCGAAAUCUUCCCCUUCUGCAUCCUCUUCGGGAGCAACAUGCAGGUGCGGUACAUCGGCAACAGCAUGAUGCAAAUAAUGCCGGAGCUGGUGGGCAAGAAAUUGACGGAGUGGUUUGACCUCAUCCGCCCUCAUGUCGAUUUCAAAUUUGAGGCUAUCCUCCGUCGCACCAACAAUAUCUUCGAGCUGAUGACGGUGGAGUCUGUGUUUCAAGCUCAGAGGAAGGUGAACGGCGAGGUGCAUGCCGAGGAGGAGGAAACGGAACACACUUUCAAGCUCAAAGGCCAGAUGAUCUACAUGGAGGAAUGGAAAAUGGUUCUGUUCCUUGGCACUCCAGUUAUGAAGGAUCUCGAUGCCCUUGUCUACUCCGGCCUCUAUAUCAACGACCUCUCGAUGCACGACUUCUCCAGGGACCUGAUGUUGGCGGGGACACAGCAGGCGGUGGAGCUCAAUCUGGCGCUGGAGCAGGAGCAGCACAAGAGUAAGAAGCUUGAGGAGUCCAUGAGAAAACUGGACGAGGAGAUGAAACGAACGGACGAGCUUCUCUAUCAGAUGAUUCCGAUGCAAGUGGCGCAGCGAUUACGUAAAGGAGAGAACCCCGUGGACACCUGUGAGACCUUCGAGAGCGUGACCAUCUUGUUCUCAGACGUGGUCACCUUCACGGAGAUCUGCAGUCGCAUCACACCCAUGGAAGUUGUGUCGAUGCUAAACGCCAUGUACUCAAUCUUCGACAAACUGACUGAGAAGCACAAAGUGUACAAGGUUGAGACUAUCGGUGACGCCUAUAUGGUGGUGGCGGGCGCCCCGGAGCGUCAGGCCAACCACGGCGAGAUGGUGUGCAACAUGGCGCUAGACAUGGUUGAGGCUAUCACCGAGCUCACCGACCCGUCCACAGGGAACCACCUGAGGAUCCGCGUGGGCGUGCACUCCGGCAUGGUAGUGGCAGGCGUGGUGGGACUCAAGAUGCCACGAUACUGCCUUUUCGGUGAUGCCGUCAACACAGCUUCCCGUAUGGAGUCGACAAGUAUGGCUAUGCAAAUUCACAUCUCGCAGACCACACGGGAAAUAAUCUCUGGGAAAUACCAAGUGGAGGAGCGCGGAGAAAUCACAGUGAAGGGCAAAGGGAACAUGAAGACCUACUGGCUGAUUGACUGCGAGGGCCGCCAGUCAGUAAAGGGCCAGAAUAUCGAGAACAUCGGGGAGGAGCGGCGGGGAUCAACAGCCUCAAGUACCUACUUCCCCAUCACCUUCCAGGACGUGAAGAAGAGCUCCCUCACCACCGCGGCCACCCUCACGCCCACCACUACCCUCACCACCACCACCGCUGUGACCAAAACCACCUCCCUGACCACGCCCUCAGCCAGCAAUAACCACGUCAAUAACAAUAGCCAUUCUCACCUGCCCCUUGAAGUACACAGAGUUCCAUUAGACAAGCCAAGAGGUCGCAGCUUUUCCAACGUGGGAUUCUCAAGCCUGGCACUCCCGAAUUUUGAAGCGCCAGCCUCUGUUAGGAAUUCUCCUACUGAGGAGAAGCAUCUAUCCUUCCCGGCACCAGAGCGGCUGGAACGGGUUCGCAGCACCACCCACGAGAAGCCAUCCAAGAACCUUCUCGUCCACCCAACCCAUCCCUUCCACGCCAACCACCAGCAGAACCACACACCGCUGCCUGACGUCCUCAUAGACUACCACCACUCCCAUGACGGCAAGAUAGCGCCCAGCACCUUACACAAGGUGAAGGUCACGCUAGCGACACCCAUGGACGGUAAGGUGGUGGACAUCACUGGCCAGCCAAACAUGGUGGACCGCGGCACCUCCCCCAUCGUGUCUCACACCGGUUGCUCCUCGUUCACCACCAAAAACAGGGUGCAGAGCCACACCUGUCUCAUACUUUAACAUUAGCUGUCAGCGGUCCCUCCACUUGUAGGCACCUGUAGGCUCAGUUUCACUGCCUGGCGCUGGUAACGUCGCCACCGCUGUUUCAUUACUGCCGGUGGGCGAGGCAUCAUCGUCAUCGUAGCGGCGUUAGUGGCGACCGUGAACAUGAGGGACAGGGACACACAUUAUAUCUUGACACCACUCACUCACGUAUAACUUCACUGUCACCACACCUUCAUCACACUGUUAGCAGUGCCGUCCGUCCCCACCGUCGAGAGCAUCGCUGAGCGUAGCCCGGCAUCUCUCCGGCCCCUCCCGGCGCCACGCGCUGUGGCACAUCACCGACAGGCGCUAAAGGGACUAGGUGUCGAUGUAGAAUACAGUGCUGUUUGUAAUACUCUUAUUUGAUUCGAUAAAUGUUUUAUACGCAUAUCCCUAUAUAUAUAUAUAUAUA